AUGGAUGGAUGGAUGAAAGAAGCUCCCGCCAAGAAGUCCACCGGUAAGAAGGUUGCCCCUGCUCCCUACCCUAUCAAGGGAAAGCAAACCACCAAGGCUGCUUCCAACCCUUUGAUUGAAAAGACCCCCAAGAACUUCGGCAUCGGUCAGGAUGUUCAACCCAAGCGUGAUGUUACCCGCUUCGUCAAGUGGCCUCACUACGUUCGUCUUCAACGCCAAAAGAAGAUUUUGUACCAACGUCUCAAGGUCCCUCCUGCUCUUAACCAAUUCACUCAAGUUUUGGACAAGAACACUGCUACUCAACUCUUCAAGUUGUUGCACAAGUACAGACCCGAAAGCAAGCAAGAAAAGCGCGAACGUCUCCGUGCUAUUGCUGCUGCCAAGGCUGAGAAGAAGGAAGUUCCCAAGACUGACAAGCCUCUCGUUGUCAAGUACGGUAUCAACCACAUCACUGCCUUGAUUGAAAACAAGAAGGCUCAAUUGGUUGUCAUUGCUGACGAUGUUGACCCUAUUGAAUUGGUUCUCUGGCUUCCUGCUCUCUGCCGUAAGAUGGGUGUCCCUUACUGUAUUGUCAAGGGUAAGGCUCGUCUCGGUACUCUUGUCCACAAGAAGACCGCUACUGCUGUUGCCUUGACCGAAGUUUCUGAUGCCGAUAAGGCUGAAUUGGCCACCGUCGUCUCUGCCGUCAAGUCCAACUUUACUGACAAGUGGGAAGAAACCCGUCGUCACUGGGGCGGUGGUAUCAUGGGUCCCAAGUCUAACGCCAAGAUGGCUAAGCGUGCUGCUCUUGCCGCUAAGGAAAUUGCUGCUCGUCAAUAA